UUAACAGUGGACAUGGGUUUAACAUCAGUGUCAGUGUCAUGGAGAAAACCACCAGGAGUGGAUCAAGCCUCAUACUUGUUGACUCUCAACAGUGAUGGAGAUUGUAUGCAGACAAUUUCGGUCAAAUCUACCCAACAUCAAUUCACUGAGCUGGACAUUGGCAGAGAAUACUCUGUUAGUGUUUCCAUGGUACUGCAGGAGAACUAUAGCAAGCCCAUCUGUAACACCAUUUAUAUACGUAUUCCAGUCCCAGAGAAUGUGAUUGUGGGCUCAGUGACAGCAACAUCUGCUGAUCUUAGCUGGAGCCUACAGCAGGGGAUGCAGAAGAUUCCACACAGAUUCCUGAUCUCCUACUGCAGUGAAGAGACUGAACCACAGACCAUGUCUACGGAAUCCUACAGUGCAACUCUAACAGGUCUGCAACCAGACACUCAGUACAGGAUCAACAUCUGCUGUGAGCUCAAAGACCUAGACGGACAAGGAGAGAAAGAUCGAAAAAGUAAAGAUACUACAAUCACUUUUCAAACAGCUGUCCCUCCUCCUGGGCCCAUUGAGUUUACAUCCGUGAUGCCAGACUCUGUGUGUCUACGCUGGGGACCUCCUGAGGGACUCACCAGACCCCACACAUUCAGGGUCUCAUGGGCGGGAAAAGGCAUACAGGAGCAACAGGACAUGCCAUGCCUGCAAUUUGAAACUGAUGGACUUGCUGUUGGAGAAGAGUACACCUUUACCGUAACCACCGUCAGUGAAGACAGAGAGGGUCCAUCUGUGUCUAAAACUGUUUUGACAGGUUUGACUUCUGAGUUCUUACAAAAGUUUGGAAAUGAAAUUCAAUAUAAGCUUUAAG